AAUCAGAGCGGGCGAGGGGCGAGCCGGCAGCCUGCCAGCCGCUCCGAGGUCGGCGGCGCCUGGGCGAGCGCUGGGCGAGCGCUAGGCGAGCGCGAGGGGAGUAACGGUUCUGGGAACGGGCAGCUGCUCCCCGGCGGAGGGCGACGUGGUCGCCAGUGUCACCAGCCAUCCUUCUGUAGCCUUCUGUCAGCGGUUCUCCUCGGGGGCAGGCUGCGUGCCUGUGUGGCCAAGGGAUAGGGAGGAAGAGGCCUUGCUAGUUGCUGGGGGCUUUUUGUUUGGGGGGUUGUUUGCUUCACCCUCCGCCUGUCUGUCCUACAGCCGGAUUCCUUGGGAGUAAAAAAAUAAUAAUCCUGCCAGGUUUGCCCUCAUCCCGCAGCGCUUCGUGCCCAGGCCUUGCAGGGAGUCUGGAGUUUUGGUGGCGGAGAAAAAGGUGACAUUUAUGAAGAUAACAAACCAUACAAUCACUCCUGCCUCAUCACAAAAGAAAGGCAAGAAGGUUCUGUUUCCUUAAACCCUCCUCCAAAACAUCUAACUCGACCCUAAAUCUGAAGAGCCCUGCUUUACAUCCUAUUACUGAGAUGCCAUCUGAUUGACUGGGAUGUGUGUUCUGCCUUCCUCUGAUGAGUCAUAACCUCAACCUGUUCAGCUUGCAGGAAUUCUUGAGCUUUGGCUAAAAUACACUGACAAUUCUUUGUGUCUUAUCUGUACCAACUAUUUCUAUGGAGUGGACAACAUGCAGUGAGGUAGAAGACAGACAUGACUAGUGGGGCUGAGAAGAGUGGCCCUCGAAGACAGCCCAAGCCCUCUCCCUUUCAUACAGCCUGAUAAGGUACUGUAGAAUUCUAGCUUCAUAGCCACCACCCAGCAGACAGCCUGCACAGCUGCAUGGGCAAGCAUCUCCAGGCAGCAGCUGACAGCCAUUCUCAACUGUGCCCCGCCCAUUCCAAACAGCCUGUUUGCACAUCCAAUGUGAGGUCCCCCCAGCUAUAAGGCACCAUGUCUGAGAAGUUCAACUGCCACUACUGCCAGAGUCCCUUGCAGGGGCAGAAGUAUGUGCAGAGGGAGAGCUACAACUGCUGCCUGGAGUGUUUUGAGAAGCACUGUGCCAAUACCUGUGAGCAAUGCCAUAAGCUCAUAGGUGCAGAUUCCAAGGAGGUACAUUAUAAGGGCCGCUACUGGCACAACACCUGCUUCCGUUGUGACAAGUGCCUUCAGCACUUGGCCAGUGAGACAUUUGUGGCCUGGGACAACAAGAUCCUGUGCAACCUCUGUGCCACUCAGGAGACCUCCCCCAAAUGCAAAGGGUGCCUACAGCAUAUUGUGGCAGGAGACCAGAAUGUGGAGUACAAGGGCACCAUCUGGCAUAAGAACUGCUUCACCUGCAGCAACUGCAAGCAAAUUAUCGGGACCCAAAGUUUCUUCCCUAAGGACGAUGAGUUCUACUGUGUGGCUUGCCAUGAUGCCAAGUUUGCCAAGCACUGUGUGAAAUGCAACAAACCCAUCACAUCAGGAGGAAUCAGUUACCAGGAUCAGCCCUGGCAUACUGAGUGCUUUGUGUGUGUUUCCUGCUCUAAGGAGCUGGGUGGGCAGCGCUUCACCGCGGUGGGUGACCAGUAUUAUUGCGUGGAAUGCUACAAGAACUUUGUGGCCAAGAAGUGUACUGGAUGCAAGAAUCCCAUCACCGGCUUUGGUAAAGGCUCUAAUGUGGUAACUUACGAAGAAAAUUGCUGGCAUGACUACUGCUUCAACUGCAAAAAGUGCUCUGGAAAUCUGGCCAACAAGCGUUUCGUCUUUCACGAAGAGCAGGUGUAUUGUCCCGACUGUGCCAAAAAGCUGUAACUGGACAAGGGCUGCGAUCCUGUAAAACAGCAUUCGAACCGUGAUUUGUGUUUUUUCUCUUUCUGCCCUGCACCAACCACAGGGGGACAGGGGCCUUUCACCUCUAGAAAGUUGCUCCUCUGUCCUCUCUCACAUUUCACAGUGAUCAUGUUAGGGUUCAAUGUAGAACAACCUUGCGGCAAAAAUCAUUUCUCUGUUGCACUAACCAUGUAACCACAUGAUUUAAGCAAGAAACCUUAGCGAUAAUGCCUCUACUGAGAUGUCCCAGGCUCAGCUGGGUUCCUCUGUGUAGUCACACAACAUGCAAGAGUUGUGGCAGCUGCUCCAACUCACCUCUUACCCUCCUCUGUGAACAGAGAAAGAACUUUCCACAUUGCAUGAUUAACUUCUUCAUCACACUUGUGCUUUCACAGUACAUGAAUUAACAGAAAAUAAACAUUUUUAGCCUGGCGGUGGUGGCGCACACCUUGAUCCUGGUACUAGGGAGGCAGAGGCAGGCGGGUCUGCAGAAACAGUUCAGGACAGCCAGGGUUACACAAGAAACCCUGCUUUGAAAACAAAACACAAAAUAAGCAUUUUGAAUUUAGCUGUAAUCCUCAGCUAAUCUUCUCCACACAUACUAAUAUUUGAUGGCUCCAUGUAACUUUCCUUCUGCAAAAUGCGAACGGUGUAGUGAUAGGGAAGGAAAUGGAAGCCAAAGUGAUAGCGAGGGGGUGUGGAUAUGGUUCAUUUGAUGCUUGCUUGCCAUGCAAACAUUUUGAGCACCCCUGUAAAAGACUGUCUAGCACUAGAAGAUAGACAGCUCUAUUGGUGGUAUACUUCUCUGACCCCAGGGCUGGCAUCAAAGACAGGCAGAUCCCUAGGGCUCAUUGACCCGCCAACCUAACCAAUCCAUGAAGAGCAAUCCAGGGAGAGGCCAGAAGUAGAUGUGUGGCCUCUACAUGUGUUCGUGCACAUGUGUGCAUACACUCACACAUACAUGCCCCUCGGCAAAACAUCUACCUGGUUAAUUUUUUUUUCAUCUAAACAUUAAGGGAGAGAAGCUGAAACAGUAGAAAUUGAGCAAACACUUGGAGAAUGGCUUGAGAGUCCAUUUACUUACAAAAUAAUACACUUACAUUAUGACCCAGAUAUCCCACUAGAUAUCAACCCAAGCAGAUACACAUAUAUACAAAAAUAAAUCAUAACUACUUAAAAUUAUAAACACUAAUACCCUAUAGUUAGUGAAUAUAUAAACAGAUGUUGGUACAUAUGCUCAGUGGAAUCCACUUGGAAACAAAACUACACAAAAUGAAUAGGUACCAUUCUCAGUGAAAGACUUAGGACCGGAAAGUAUACGUCCAGAAUGAGCCCAUAUGGAGAAGACAAAAAACAGAAAACAUUGACUAGGAGGUAGGAGUGGUUAUCUAAGGGACUUGAGGGGUUUGGGGGAAGCAGUGGAAUUCUGUUGAUUGUGAUAUGGGUAUACAAUGUAUCUCUCAAAACUAUGCUAACAAAUUUUUAAUUUAUA